AUCUCGAGUUAUACUUUAAUUUCUCUCUUUAUCAUUGUCUCUAGCUAUUCCGUCCUUUCCUCUUUCACUCUGACUCUACACAGAUGGAUAGCUCUUCCUCUUCGAGUCACCGUGGAUCUUCUAUAAAUGAGGAGAAGCAUAUUGUUGUUCCCGGCAUCCAUGAACACGCGUUAAUGUCAACGCCAGCCGGAGCGCCAUAUAGCUGCGAUGGAUGUAAAGAAGGAGGGUGUGGACGCAGUUAUCGUUGUGAAGAAAAGAAUUGCAGUGGUUAUGUCCUCCAUGAAGAAUGUGCAAGCGCUGUUCUUCAUCGUGAAAACCCCGAAAGUCAUCCAUUUUUCAAAGGAGAAGUAUUCGCGUUCCUAGAGAAACCCAUUGGGCAUCCUAGGUUUUGUGAUGCAUGUAGAAUGGAAGUGAAAGGGUUUGUGUAUUAUCGCGAAGAAACAAAAAAGGACACAGGCUUGGAUUUGCAUCCAUGUUGUUUGAAGCUAAGACACAACAUUUCUUAUGAAGAGUCAAUCGCGACAAAGACACUCACAUUGCAACAAAACGUUCCGAAAAAGUGUGGCCUAUGUAAGCGUAAGAAAUUUGGGGACGAUGGCGAACCUAAAGGGUGGUCAUAUGUAACUUCCGAUGGAGAUUGCUAUCAUGUUUCUUGUUUUAAGAAAUGGUUUCUUGAGAAAUUGAGUGAUUAUUUCUCGGAAAAGAAGGUUGUAGUGUCAAAAAUGCAGAGCAAUAAUACUGUUGAGAAUAAUACGAAAGUUGGGAAAGUUAAAGGACGAUCAAAUUCCAAAGUAUCAUCAUCAGUGGCAAAGAAGAUGGCGGUAAAGAUAGCACCAGUGAUACUCAAGGCAUUGUUUGCAGCUAUUUUUGGAGAUCCUGUUUCUCUUGCUGUUGCUGCAUGGGAAGCCAUAGUUACCCUUUUUAAUAAUUAAGUAGUUUCAUUAUUGUUUGUCUUCUUUUUCAUGGCCUACUUUUCUUUUUCUACCGGGGAUUUCACUUUUGUUUCAGCUAUCCAAUACAUUGUAUUUCUAUUUAUCUUUGAAUAAUGUGAGUUUGGU